AUGGAGACGAAUAUGAGUAUGGAGAUACUAAAGCAAUUCCUUGUUGAUAAAGUUCGGCUAUUGCGCAAGAACGGUGUUUGGGAAGAUCGAUUCGACCCAUCAAAAAAUCGCAUAGAAAAAUUCUACACACUAAACGGCGAUGCGGUUCAAGUUCCAUAUAUGUGUCAAGAUUAUGUUUUUAAUGGUUGCUAUACACCUUUAGAAGGGUUCAGUGUUCUACGGUUGUUGUAUGAGGAUCCUUCUUUUAGAUUUGAACAGAUGUUUGCCAUGUACAUUUUCUUGCCAGAGAAAACAGAUGGGUUAUCGAACAUAACGAAUCUGUUCAGUUCACACUCAAAAGAUUUUCUUACUCAAAAAUUUAAGUUUGAUCAAAUAUAUUAUAUUAAAAAAUUAAGAAUACCCAAUUUCAAGUUCAACUUUAAAUUUAAUGUUUCGAAGAUGAUGGAGCGAUUGGGAUUGAUUAUGGACGAAUCAGAGAAGUCAGUUGGUAUUAGUAGUAGUGAUGGACAAACUAAUAUUCCUCGAAAUAGGAAAAAUUUUCAUAGUGCUUCUAUUGAAGUUAAUGAGAACGGAACUGAAGCUGCAUCUGCCGAUUAUGGUGAAGAACGUAUGGGAUGUUCUUUGUACUCUACACCUAAACAAUACGUAGAUUUUGUUGUUGAUCAUCCUUUUUUCUUCAUGAUAAGGGAGGACAAAUCAAGAACUCCAAUCUUUUUUGGAACUGUGGUUAAUCCACUUCUAGAUUAA